AAACUCUCACUCACUAUCUCUUUGCUCCAACAAUGGCGGCAGCAAAAGAGCUAAGGAAACCAGUAAUGGCGACAGUACGUCUAACAAUUAACGCAACUCAAGCUAAACCAGGUCCACUCGUGGGAGCAAUCUUAGGUCAAUUAAAGCUCAAUCUCAUGGCUUUUUGCAAGGAUUUCAACGCCCGUACUCAAAAGUACAGCAUUGAUACUCCCAUGUCUGUCUCCCUCAUCGCAUACAAGGAUCAAACCUUCGACUAUGUCAUCAAAUCUCCCACUGUUUCAUGGUUUCUCAAAAAAGCUGCAGGUAUCGACUCCGCUAGUACUCGCCCUGGACAUAUUGUCGCUUCGUUAGUAACAUUGAAGCAUGUGUAUGAGAUUGCUAAUAUUAAGAAGGAAGAUCCUGGCUGUAAGCAUUUGGAGGUUGAGAGUGUUUGUAAGUCUAUUAUUGGUACUGCUAAAUCUAUGGGGAUUAAGGUUGUUAAAGAGUUGGAAUGAAUUGAAUUGAAUUGAAUUUUGGGAGUUUUUUUUAGAGUUAGGGUUUUAAGAAAUUUUUGUAGUGUUUCUUCUUCUAUGAUUUACAUGUAAUGUGAACAGAUCAUCAAUAUAUUUAAAUAAUUUUGACA